GAGAAACUCAUCAUUCACUACAAAUUAACUAACAACAAGCAAUCUAAUCUGUUUAUUUUACUGUCUCUUCAUGAGUUUUAUCUUUUAGAAAAAAACUAAAUCAUCAUUCGAACUCUUAACAUUUCUUAUCACCAAUCAAUCAUCGAAUUCGAAUCAAGAUGGUAGUCUAUCGUACGAUCUCAAGAGUAGUUCGAUUACCUACCAAUCUGACCCUUUCACUCUCAAGAGCAGCCAUCGGUGCAGAACCUCCAAUCUACUCACAUCCCAGUCAAACCACUAUCAGUGCAAAACAACUCGAUUUACCAUUUCUUCGACCCAACACUCAACGCCAACUCAGUACCACUACUACUACUACCAACAAUACCAAUCCGAAUACCAGUUCAACCAAUCUCAAUGGAAACUACGAACAUCAUGUACCACUCAAUAGUUUCGAACAAACCUUCUUGGCCGUCGGAUCAGCCAUCGCAUCUCUAAAUGAUCCACAUCGAGGAGACAUGGUAGCUGUUCUUUCAGAAACGACGGCAGGACCGUUCUUGAGUAAAUUAAGAGAUCAAAUGUUAGAAUCGGAAUCAGGUCGAAGGAUCUUAAGAACCAGACCUAGGAUCAGAUCUGGUGAUAUUGAUUUAAACCGGUUAAAGAACUUGGAGCCUGGUAGUUUUGGUAGAACUUAUGUGGAGUGGUUAGAGAGAUGUCAUGUGUCUCCUGAUACUAGAGAAACGGUUCGGUAUAUUGAUUCUCCUGAAUUAGCUUAUGUUAUGCAACGUUAUCGUGAAUGUCAUGAUUUCUAUCAUGUAAUCUCAGGCGGAUUUCCAGUAAGUGUAUCAGGAGAAAUCAUCGUCAAAUGGUUCGAAUUAGCCAAUAUGGGAUUACCAGUAGCAGCCUUAUCAGCCUUGUUCGGUCCUUUAAGAUUAUCAUCAGGUAGAAGAGCACGAUUGUUGAGAACUUAUGUACCUUGGGCUUUGAAGUGUGGUUCGUCGGCUAGAUCAUUGAUUUCGGUCGAAUGGGAAACUCAUUGGGAAAUGCAGAUUGAUGAGUUGAGAGAGACCUUGGGGAUUUGGGAUCCUCCUGUGGAUUGGAAUACUUGGAAAGAAGAAGAAGAUAGGAUUAAAAGAGAACAAGCUCUUCAGGCUUAGGGAAUUGGGAAUUUCAAGUGUUCUUUUUGAUUGGAUUCCUUGGGAGUUUGGUUGGGUUGGUUUUCAUUUGUGUGCAAAUUCUUUUUGAAGUGUGGGUUUUUUUUAAAUUUCAAAAAGUUUAAAUUAGUUGAAGAAAUUAAUUCUAUUAAUUUAAGUUGUUGUAAAACCAAUGAAAGAUUCAAACCUUUUUCAAUUCUUUUGUAAAAAAAGAAAGAAAGAAUCAAGAUUUAAAUAAACUCUUGAUUUGUUGAAAGUUUUCUUUUUUCUGUUCUAAAUUUUUGUAAAAGUGUUUUCUUUUGUAUUCAUUUUUUUCUUAUUCUUCUUUUCUUUGUGAUAAUGAGAUAUAAUGUUUACCUUUUU